AAAAUGUUAUGAUGUUUCGCCACGUUGUUGAACAAUGUCGUUUCAAAGUCUAAUUCAGAUACAGAACGGCAAGAAAGUCUUGUGAGCCUUGCCUCACCGGUGUCAGGACCGCCAUCGCCGACACCACUUCACUUAUAACAAUAGUCGCAUCGGCCAAAGCACUGGUUCCCACUUCUAGGACAGAUGAAACGGAACACAUGAAGAAGAUGAGUCAGAUUAUUGACGAACUGGCCAGUAGACUUGUCUACGAGGGCCCAUAUGAAGUUCCUGAUGUUAUGGCUGAUGACCCUCUGGCCCCUGCCUUGACCAAUGACACAGAUGAAUCCAAUGGUGGGGUCAAGAGAGCCAAAAGAUGGGCCAAUAACUUUGACCGUGAUGUCUACUUCAUCUGCCCACACACUGACAGCAUAUCAAGGAUUUCUAGUGGCCACAGCAACCACCAUGAAGACAGACGUUUUAGUAUCAGCUGCAAACGAACUUUCAGCUCCUUCCCAAGCUGCUAUGACAGUGGUUGGGUGAACAACUUUGAUCAAGCAUUUUCCUUCAGCUGUUCCAGUCACUCUGUCCUAACGGGCAUGAUCAGUAGCCACAGUAACCACCACGAGGACCGCAGAUUUGCUUUUAGAUGCUGCAAUGCCCCUGGACACCACCACACUUAUUGUUACUGGACCCCAUAUGUGAACUGCUUUGAUGAAUACUUUGAGUGGCUGGCUGACAGCUACAGCUACCUUGCUGGAGUCUCCUCCUACCACAACAACAAACAAGAGUAA